CAUUUAUUUUCAGCAGCCUGACGCCACAUGCCGACAUUCGGACCUUCUACCGCGGGGCCAGUAUGUUAGGUCAAGGUCAGAUCAGCACCGACGGCCGGAACAACGUGCAGUUCGUAUGUGACUUCAGCCUGGCAGGGGUCUCCCCUACCACGGACGUACUCACGGACGUGGUGUGGCAGAAGGUGGGCCGUCCCGCCUACAUGAACAACCCGAUGACGUCCGUCUCGGGGUACCCGAACCUGCUCAACUGCCCAAACACCUACGUCUCCAGCACGCCGACCAACUACGGCUUCAACAUCGCCGGACCAAAAACCACGCUGGUGAUCAAGAACGCCACGGCGGCCGACUACGGCGUCUACCGGUGUUACGCCACCAAGGUGAGCCGACAGACGCCGCGACAGCGUACACCCGUGUACAUGGAGGUGUACUACGGGCCCAGCGGUACGUCCGGCCGGCACUGAACAUGCCGGCAGGUACCCGGUACCGGUACUAGAGUGACUCCGAGUCAAGUGACUCGAUAGGUUUUGUGAGGUUUGCGCAGUACAAGUUACUGAAUCGGUUACUCUUGAAUGGUGAACAGAACAAGAAGGUCAUGUAACCAAACAGCAUUCCUACGUCCUUAAAGCCCACACACUGCCAUUAAGUACACGAAAAGGGCGAAGCCUUCCAUUACCAUGCAUGGUAUAAUAACUGAUAAUGUAUUACUCACAGCACGUUCGCUACCACGGAGGGCGCUGAAGGCAAUGAUCUUUAGUUGAUCUUACAUGUACGGCCGUUACAGGCUACCUCAUACACC